CUGUGUGUCAGGGAGUCAGCUGGUGUCAGGAGCACCUCCAUCUGUCACGAGACUUGUCUACGUCCAUAUCUUCCUGUCUCAGUCUGCAUUUCAAGUGUUUCUGAUGGAGUACAGGCCUCUGUCAUCAGUUCCAGGCGGUGAUAGCUUCCUCGGAGACAAGGGUCCUACGGAGGGCUCGUUGAUGGCAGCUGUGCUUCCUUAUGUGAUUAUGAUUAUACUUCUACCUAUUGGUAGUUUCUUCUUCUCUAAGUCAAUCAUAUUUGAAGAUCUCCUAUCUUACAGCGAGACAACAGCCAGUGUUUAUGGUGCCAUUUGUUCUGUCAUCAUUUUACACAUUCUUCUGGCACUGUUUAUCCUUAAAGCCUUCAAGGAGUCUCCUGUCAAGGGCUCCAAACAGGAUUAAUUUUAUUUUUUGUUUAGUUGAUUUGUGUGUGUUGAAAAUUGUUGUCUUUGAAGUUUGAACUAGUGGUCAUCUUAAAUGAUUUGCUCACAAGUAAACUUAGCUUGUACAGAUGCAGAAGCCCAGUCAUAAUAAAUAUACAUGGAAAG